AUGAAUGAGGGAUUGGAUUCCAAGGCCCCUCGCCGGAAGAGGGUCUCGCGCGCCUGCGAUCGCUGUCGCAGCAAGAAAGACAAAUGUGAUGGAAUCCGUCCAACCUGUUCCGCCUGCCAGGCCUCGGGCCAGACCUGUUCCUACGAUCCCAAUGCCAAAAAGCGCGGCCUCCCGGAGGGCUACGUCCGUGGCCUGGAGAAGCUAUGGGCCCUCUCCAUGUGCAACAUCGAAGGCCUGGAGGAUAUGAUGUUAACCCUCCUGGUCUUCAUGAGGUGUGGAAGACGAGUCGACUCUGGGGAGGCGCUGGAGAAGAUGCUGUCUCACUCGGACCCGGAUCCAGGGCAGUCGCCUCAAAAACGGCCGAGAGAGGAGGAUGAUGAUACUUCUCCAGGCGCCUCCAGUCAAUGGGGGUUUCGCGUUGGACGAGGGCCGGCACCGUCAGGCAUUGAUGCGCCACGGGUGGUCGGCCCUCAUUCGUCUCCCGGUGUGAAGAGGGCAAGACUGUCGUCGUCGUCGUCGUCGUCGUCGUCGUCGUCAAGCGCAAGCACCGAUGCUAGCAGCUUGCAGCUUCCGCCGCAUGCGCCUCGACUGUUGGAGGCCUAUUUCUCCAGGACUCAUCCCUGGUUUCCGAUCAUUGCCAAACAUAGCAUUCUACGGGCAUUCCAUCUAUACGGCAACGGGCCCCUCCUCAUGGGUAAAUCAUCCCCCGGUUCGGGAGACCAUGCAGCGCUGUGGGCGAUAUUGAGUUAUACCACGGCCCAAGGUCCAUCCGACUCGUCCGAAAAUGGGUCUGGCAUCCAAGACGGGAGCGGUGGCGCUUUGGCUCAGGCAAAGGAGUUCUACGCAAUUGCUCGAGGCUUGAUCCCAUCCGAGAAAGAACGGUUCGACCUGGGACAUAUCCAGGCCCUGCUGCUGCUCACCCUGGUCAACGUGGGCCUGGAGGAUUGGACGGCAGCGUGGCUGCUGAGUGGGCAGAGUGCGCGUAUGGUGGAAGCCAUGGACCUUGGCAAGCUCACCGACACGCGGCGUUCGGACGAGUUGCAGCAGCAGAAAGCAGUUUUCUUGGGAUGCUUCAUCGUCGACGCGCUCCUUUCUGUCCGGCUGUCUCGGUUCCCGUGUAUGCGGGCGGAAAGUCUGGCGCUGGUCGGACGGCUGGAAGAAGACGGCCUGGAGGAAUGGAAUCCAUGGAUGGAUGUUCUCCCUGCGAACCUGUCUCCGCAGGGGAGCAAUCCUCCGCACCGGGGCCCUCUGCUGGCCCUGAGUUGCUUCAAUCGCCUGGUCGAGCUGGCAGGAGUUCUCAAUAAGAUCGGCCGGGACUUCUCGCAGGCGGCCAAUGCGCAUGUUUUUGCGCAGCAGAUCCUGGUCGACCUUAGGCCAUGGGAUGACCGCCUCCCUCCGGGCUGCCGUCUGAUCGGUCCGGAGAGUCAUCACUACCCCGACCGGCAUCCGGCCUUGCUCCCUCAUCAGACCUAUCUUUAUCUUACAUAUGCGGCAACCUUAUUAUUCCUCUAUACGCGGCAGCUGGGUCAGGAGCAGACCCUGCACGGCGCCCCCCGGACGGCGUUGGAUGGCACCAAGAAGAUUCUCUUUCGCACGCUGGCCGUGCUGUCGCAGCAUGUGGAGAAUUUCCGUGCGUGCGGGAUUCCUCCGCUGUUCGAGUUUGCUCUGCGGUCGAUUUUCGAGUCGGUCUCCACGGCGCGGCAAAGACUAGAAUCGGACGGCUUUUCGGUGGCCCAGUGGGUGGGAAUGUUUUCCCGGAAGCUCACCGAGUUUGGGUCUAGCUGGCCUGUCUUUGGUUCCUUGACCGCGGCCGUUGAGAAUAGUGUCUUUACGUCUGCAGCAUCCUCAUUCCUGCACCAAAUCCCACGCAAGAGCUCGGUCUCCGCAGCGAGUUCGAGUCUGACAGGGGGGACCUACACGCCGAAACCAAUGACCUUUGCCGCAGAUCGCGCGGGGAGGAAUACAACGGAUGCUCAGGUAAGUUGGCGGUCUGAUCCUGUGUCUGUCAAUGACAUGGAGCCUAAUUAUGCUUCCAAGGUUCGUGGUCUUCCGAUCCCAGCUGAUGGCUUUUACGCGACGCCCCAAGCGUCGGCCGAAGCAAGCGGUCUGUCGAAUAGGGGCAAUUCGGAGCGGUCCGCCGGGACGUCAACGAUUCUGCUGGAUAAGCUUUUGUCAAGCAAAGGAUCUGCCGACUCUAAUAUAGUGAUGCAGCAGCAGCAGCAGCAACAACAUCGUCAUCAACCACAAACACCCGAAUCAGCAAUGUCGAGUGCGAUGCUGCAAUCGGGCGCCUCGAAUUCUGCAGAGCGAUUUACCAAUCAUGCAGGCGAGAAUCUGCAGCUGAAUGUUGGACGAAACUACGUGCCUGAUGCGUCGCCGUCUUCUUCCAAUGACAUCGACUCCAUUUUCAAGGAGCUGGCAUAUUUGGACACGUACGAAUGGACGAACACCCGGGAAGAGGGGUUGCGCGAGUUUGGCUUUAUCGACGAUAAUACGUUCCAGGCGUUUUGCCACGAUCCGGAUCGCCUGAUGGGAUCGCAGCCGCUGGUGCCUCCAACGACGUCGAUUGCGGAUAUCUGGCCGCCGCCGGGGUUUUUCCCGGAGACAUUCCAGACGAAGGAGAGUGCGGCUGAUUAG